AUGAAGCGUACUGUUGCCUUUGAGAUUCUCUCUUUCCUCGGCCUCGCCUCGGCCGCGGUCAUUCCAGCCACUGCAGUACCUCACAGCAAGACAGCCUCUUCCGAAGGACACCCAAGCAAAGUCGUUGACCGCGACUUCCCCGAACCACGUCCGACUAAGGUUAUUGAGACGUGGAUUGACGGCGUGUUGGUGAAGCAGUGCGAGCACUUCUCUGCUACUGGCGGUUCGCAUACCUUGGGACCUUGCGACGACCCCGAGCAGGAGAAGAAGAAGGAGUGGCACGACUGGCGAGAGUACAUCCCUAAUCAAUGGUGUGGUCCGAAUUUCAUCUGUCCGCCGUAUAAACCGCACAAGGAGGGGCACAGCCCUGAGACCAUAGGCCUCCAUGGUCCUAGUAUGGAGUGA